CUUGUUUUUAAAAUUAUAAAAAUGUCAUUUCCUGCAUAAUUAAACUACAACAAAGAAUCGUUAACAGAUUGAAAUCUUAUAAUUUUACUUAAAAAACUGUGAUGAAAAAGAAAACGAAGCCAAGGAAAAUAACACAGGAUGAUAUACCUGAUGAAGAUAGCUUUGAUUUCAUCAGUGAUAUCGUAGAUGAUGACAGUGAUUAUGAUUUUCCUGUUGAACUACCAAACAGCUUGUCAGCAUUCCAAAAUGGCUAUAAGAAUGAGUCUAUAGAAUUUCAAAAUGGGGAGAUUGAGAAGCUAUCAAACGAAGAAAGUUCUGAAGGACAAAAUGAAAACUUUGUUUCAUUAAAUGGUGUUAGAGAUGAAAGUUUUACAGAUGGUGAACCCUCUGAAGAGAAAAAUGAAGUUCGGAAUUUUUCAUCACUAUCUGAAACUGCUGAUUCAAAUGAUGCUAUUCCAAAUAGAUUUAACAUGGACCCGGAAUAUCAAUAUGUACUUGAAACUGGAGAAGUACCAAGAGAUCAAUAUGAUGCAUACGAUCAGUUUGGUGAGGCCUGUCUUACAUGUAAUUUAUGCAGUAAAAGAUUUUCCACCCCUGGUAAUUUGAAGACACAUGUUAGAACGCACACUGGGGAAAAGCCAUACUACUGUCAAUUCUGUAACAAACGGUUUACAACAAAGGGAAAUCUUGAUGUCCAUGUUCGCACGCAUACUGGAGAACGACCCUACAAAUGUCAUUUCUGUGACAAAUAUUUUUCUACAAUUGGUAAUAGGCAAGUCCACAUGAGAACCCAUACACAAGAACGACCAUUUACAUGCAGUUUAUGUCACAAGCCAUUCAGCACCAAAGCAAAUCUGCACACCCAUAUGAAAACUCAUUCUGGUCGCAGGGACCAUGAGUGUACUUUCUGCGGGAAAGCAUAUACAACAUUAGCUAAUUUGCAGACUCACAUGAGAUCCCAUAAUCCAUUUCUGCAAUCAUUCCUUCCAAACGAAUCGUCAAAUCCAAGCACAAGUGAAGCAGAACAAAAUCAAAUAACAAAUGGUUCGAUGAAUCUUGGCAUUAAUAACUUACUGCCAAAUCAAGCUCUUCUUGGAAGCAUGAACUUGAAUCUUUUUAAUCCAGCAUUACUUUUACCUAUGGGCAUGCCACUUGGUAUGGGUGGAUUCAUGCCACCAAAUAUUCUUAUGAACAAUGGACAAAAUGUCAGCUUAGAUUUAACACCAGGAAAGGAGGACAAGAAGACAGAAAGCUCUCAAUCCAAACCAAACUUCUCUGCUUCUUCAUCUUCUGCAGAUGGUAAAAAAGAGUCCUCACUGAAAAGACCAUUAGACCAAGAGGAAAGUUUCAGAGCUAAAUCAUUGAAGCAGGAAAACUCUGGAGACAUUCCAAAUGGAAUUUUGCCAAAUUUGGCAUUCCUCAACCACAUAAACAUGAUGAAUAAUUUUGCAUUUUCAGUUUCUAGUCAAAAUAAUUAAUCUUAGCCAUUUAAAAAGUAUGUUCUUUCCUUUAUUGAUACAUGUAGGUAGGGAUUCUUUUUAAAGAGACAGAAAUAAAUAAAAAGUUACUAUGUACAACAGUACUUGCUUGACAUGUCAAUGAGAAUUUAAACAUCAGAAAAUAGGAAAACAAACAAUAUUUUUGGAACUUGAAAGGAAGCAUUUGUGAGUGGGUAGACUUGAAGAAAGAGUGAAAAAGUAUACAGAUAGUUGUAUAUUUGCCUUGUACUUACUCAUAUAUGGAUCUUUAGUGUACAUGAUUAUUCAAAUAUGAAUAGAUCUUCUAGUGAUUCUCUAGUA